CAUUGAUUUUAAAAGAAUCAAAGAUGGCGGAAUCGAAACAAUUUUGGGCAAGAAAAUCCAAAUUUUUUAAACGAAAAUAAGUAUUUUUCUCGGAAUUUCGCGUUGUUUAAACGUCCUUUGCCCUAUUCACGUUGAACUAAAUCCAGGGGUGUGAUUUACGAAGGAAGUCAUUGGUCUCGGCGUGAAAUGUGAACGUCUUUUCUGUGAUUCUGUAUUGUAUUUCUGUCAAAUCAAAACAGUAUUUUUAAUUUUUAAAUCCUCGCUUGCACCGUGAAUUGCAUUACGUCGAUCGUUGUCGUGUGGCUUUUACUAUAAAACAGACUGGAAUAAACAAACAUACAAAUGGUAAAAGGGCUAGAAGAAGAGGCAUGGAUUUUGAACUUGAGGUAUUCGAAGUGUACGAUGAGACUGAGCCUCACCCACCUAAAAAACGGUCCAAACACAACCGCAAGAAGUGCAAACAGAAGGCCAAGGUGCAGAAGUGCCUGGCGAACGUAGAGUGCAACGAGAACGACAUUGCCAGGUCGAAAUCCAGCGUUCUCAGUGCCGAGCGAAGACCGCUGAGUCUCAGAGAGUCGAUACUGAAUGUGUUCAGUAAGCUAGGGGUGUGGAAGAGGAGCGCAAAGUACCAAGUUCCUGAAAAACUGGACUCUCCUCAUACAUCCAGGGACUAUCGCAGAGGAUACAUUCCUUGUGAUAAUCAAAGAAGAAUUCAUGCCAAUGAUCGGAUUUUCAACUCACAAUUUCGAUAUGCCAGCAAUUUCAUCAAGACGUCAAAAUACUCUAUACUGACCUUCCUGCCAUUGAACCUGUUCGAACAGUUCCAGCGUCUGGCCAAUUUCUACUUCUUGUGCCUUCUGGUGUUGCAACUGAUCCCGGCCAUCAGCAGUUUGACCCCCGUGACCACGGCACUGCCUCUCAUUGGCGUGCUGGGUCUGACAGCGGUUAAGGACGCCUAUGACGACAUCCAACGCCACAUAUCCGAUUCGCACGUGAACAACCGAAAAUCCAGGGUCGUGCGCGAGGGUAAACUGGUCCAAGAGAAAUGGUCUGCUGUCCAAGUGGGCGACAUAAUCCGCAUGGACAACAACACUUUCGUAGCCGCAGACCUUCUGCUACUCACGUCUAGCGAACCUAACGGUCUCAUCUACAUCGAGACGUCGGAAUUGGACGGGGAAACGAACUUAAAAUGUCGUCAGUGUUUGGUGGAGACUGCCGAGAUUGGACAGGACGAUGGCAAACUUAGCGAGUUCAAUGGGGAAAUUAUUUGUGAGCAACCGAACAAUCUUUUGAACAAAUUCGAGGGUGUUCUCGUAUGGAAUGGCAAGACGUUUCCCCUAGACAACGAGAAAAUUAUAUUGAGAGGCUGCGUGCUGAGGAACACCGCCUGGUGCUACGGCGUGGUGAUAUUUGCCGGCAAAGACACCAAACUGAUGCAGAACAGCGGCAAGAGCAAGUUCAAACGGACCAGCAUCGACCGGCUGCUGAACUUUUUAAUCAUAGGGAUAGUGUUUUUUCUAUUAUCAAUGUGCCUUUUCUGUAUGGUGGCCUGCGGCAUUUGGGAGUCUUUGGUAGGUCGCUACUUCCAGACGUUCCUGCCUUGGGACACGCUGGUUCCCUCCGAGCCCCUAGGUGGAGCCACAAUAAUAGCUUUACUGGUGUUUUUCUCGUACGCCAUAGUAUUAAAUACGGUGGUACCGAUAUCGCUGUACGUCUCCGUGGAAGUGAUACGGUUCGUACAGAGUUUCCUGAUCAACUGGGACGAACAAAUGUACUACAAAAAGUACAAUACGUACGCCAAAGCCAGAACCACCACGUUAAACGAAGAACUAGGUCAAAUCGAGUACAUAUUUUCGGACAAAACGGGUACCUUGACGCAGAACAUCAUGACGUUCAACAAGUGCUCGAUAGGCGGCCAGUGUUACGGUGACAUCAUCGACCAGAGGACGGGUGACGUCAUCGAAGUUACUGACGACACAGAACCCCUAGAUUUCUCCUUCAACCCGAACUAUGAGCCAGAGUUUAGGUUCUACGAUAAGAACCUCCUUGAAGCGGUUAGAAGAAGGGAAAAAGAAACGUUUUCUUUCUUCCGGUUGCUGGCUCUGUGUCACACCGUCAUGUCCGAAGAACGCGAGGGAAAGUUAGAAUAUCAAGCCCAGUCGCCCGACGAGGCCGCUCUGGUAUCCGCUGCGAGAAAUUUCGGUUUUGUAUUUAAAGAACGUACGCCAAACAGUAUUACAAUCGAGGUUAUGGGCACUCACGAAGUCUACGAACUACUGUGCAUCCUGGACUUCAAUAAUAUUAGGAAAAGGAUGUCGGUUAUCCUGAGGAAGGACGGCAAAUUGACGUUGUACUGUAAAGGAGCGGAUAACGUCAUAUACGAGAGGCUUAAAUCUGGUCAGGAUGACGUCAAGACCAAGACUCAGGAUCAUCUAAAUAAAUUUGCCGGAGAAGGUUUAAGAACGCUCUGCCUGGCCUACUGCGAUCUGGACGAGAAUUUCUUUAAUGACUGGAAGCAGAGGCAUCAAGAGGCCGCCAUAGCUCUGGAGGGGCGUGAUGAAAAGUUGGACGCCAUCUAUGAGGAGAUUGAAAGAGAUAUGAUGCUGAUUGGAGCUACUGCCAUAGAAGAUAAGCUUCAAGAUGGCGUGCCAAACACCAUAGCCAAUUUGAUCAUGGCUGGGAUCAAGAUUUGGGUACUUACAGGGGAUAAACAAGAAACGGCCGUCAACAUCGGCUACUCCUGCCAGCUCCUGACCGACGAGCUCGCCGACCUCUUCAUCGUGGACGCCUCCUCCUUCGACGAGGUCCAGCAGCAACUCCUGAAAUUCCGCGGCAACAUUAAGAUCGUGAACACGUACAGGCCGAGCACCGACUCGCAAGGUCCGGUCGCAGCAGCGUCCAGCGCCAGAGCGGAAAACGGAGUUGGCGGCGGCACCAACGGAACAAGCGUGGCCCCCGCACAGGGUACCCAGCGCGGCCCGGCGGUCAGCGUGGUCACGUUCAGGUGGGGCGACGGUCAGAACAGGCGGCAGGGGGAGAGAGCAAGUACGGAACUGGAAUAUUUGGGCGGAGUGGAAGAUUCCCACAUCGAAGAGUCGAACGCUGGCUUCGCCAUAGUGGUCAAUGGCCACUCCCUGGUCCACUGUUUGCAUCCCCAGAUGGAACGGCUAUUCUUGGACGUGGUCAUGCAGUGCAAAUCUGUGAUUUGCUGCCGAGUCACACCUCUUCAGAAGGCCUUGGUGGUAGAAUUAGUGAAAAAAAGCAAGCACGCUGUGACAUUAGCUAUCGGAGACGGAGCCAAUGACGUUUCAAUGAUAAAAGCUGCCCACAUAGGCGUAGGUAUAUCGGGAGAAGAGGGUAUGCAGGCUGUCCUAGCUUCGGACUACUCCAUCGCGCAGUUUCGGUUUUUGGAACGCCUGCUAUUGGUCCACGGACGCUGGUCGUACUACAGGAUGUGCAGUUUUCUGCGCUACUUUUUCAACAAGAACUUCGCCUUUACGUUGUGUCACUUCUGGUACGCGUUCUUCUGCGGAUUUAGCGCUCAGACCGUAUUCGACCCGAUGUACAUAUCAGUCUACAAUUUAUUCUACACGUCGUUGCCGGUUUUGGCGGUGGGAAUCUUCGAUCAAGACGUCAACGACAAAAAUUCCGUCUUAUAUCCCCAACUUUACAAACCGGGCCAUCUGAAUUUGUUCUUCAACAAAAAGGAGUUCUUUCGCAGCGCCUUGCAAGGCUGUUUCGUCUCUAUAAUACUGUUUUUUACAGCUUUUGGUACAUAUUACGAUGCUGUAUCUCCAAGGGGCCAAGGACUCUCUGAUUAUAUGCUGUUCUGUAGCGUGACCGCUGCCAUACUUGUCAUAGUGAACACAGCACAGAUCGCCAUGGACACGCAAUAUUGGACCGUAUGUAACCACGUGAUGAUUUGGGGUUCUCUGGCGUUCUAUUUUAUAGCGGACAAUUUUUACAACUACCUGUGCAAGGGUCCCUACGUGGGCUCGCUGACCAAGGCCAUGGCAGGCGCGAAUUUCUGGUUCACCACCGUAUUGGUUGUCACCGCUUGUAUCUUGCCCGUUCUAGCUUACAGGUUCUACUUCGUAGAUGUGUUUCCUACUUUGUCCGACCGGGUCAGACUCAAGCAGAGGCUAGCGCAGGUGCGGUCGAGACAGAGCCAGGACGUGCUGCGAACGCCCUCCGCCAGGCGAGCGCGACGUUCCAUCCGAUCGGGCUACGCCUUCGCCCACCAGGAAGGCUUCGGCCGCCUCAUCACCUCGGGCAAGAUCAUGCGCAAGCUGCCCAACUCGGAGUUCACCAUUCCCAACAUCAUUAACAAGCUAAACAUGUCCAACAACUCGACCAAGGAGUCCAACAGGAACCCCCCGCCUAACUCGGCCGCGUCCAACUCGCAAGACGGCGGCAGCAGCAGCGGCGGCGGCGGCAGGGCGCCCAUACAGGACCUGGACACUAUCAAUUUGUGAUAAUAGGGGAGAAGUUUUUUUUCACGACGAUAUACUUAAAAAUUGUAUUCGUUUUUCUUCGAGUAGUAGACGAUGACGGGUAAAUUGGGAUUUUUUUUUCGAGUAAAACUGUAGUUUUUCACGAGUAAAAAGCUUUUUUUUGUUAUUUUUUUAUAAUGUUGUGAAUUAGUCAAUCUAAGGGUGUAUUCCGUUGC